UUCUCUCCUUGCAAGCGGCGGGGACCAAUGAACGCGGAGCGAAGAUCUGAGGACGAGGAAAUCAUUUUAAUGUAAUUUAAUCCAACUCCAGAGCUGCCGGAGAGGCGACGUGUGCAGACCGGUGAUGCUGCACAGACACAGGGCAAGCCUGCAAACUUCAGAGUGGGUUUUAACUGUAAUAAUACUCUGCCUCGUGCUGUCCGUCAGCCUGGUUUCUGAGCGUCAGUUUAAUAAUAACAAGAGCAAUUAUACAAGUAUGAAUGAGUAAGUGUGGAGCAUCUUCGUUAGAGCAACAGAUGAGAAAAUGCACGGGACAAAUAACAGAGACAUGAAAGAGCUGAGGAAGCACACCUGCGCCGUGUAAAGCUUCUCUGUGGAUAUUACUUCUAACCACCCUUCAACCGGACAUACAAAUACCUUUUUCAUCCUGACACACAUCCUGACGCCAGCAUGCCUAUCAUCAGCAAUGCCAACCACGACUUCAGCACCUACUCCAUCAGCAGCGACGACAGCAGCCUUGACCGCUUCUUCACCGAGAUCCCUGAGACAGAGACCAUCAAGGGUGUCUACUUCCAGCGCGCCCAGCUGCUUCGUGACCCCAAGGCUUCAUAUGUGGUCGACCACACCCUGCAGGUUCUCAUCAAUGUUGGGGGCAACCGCUACACCUUUCCCUGGAGCACCUUGGAGCAGUUCCCUCAGAGUCGUCUGGGACGUCUGCGCUUCUGCACCACCCCUGAGGAGAUUGCACGACUCUGUGAUGACUAUGACGAGACGUGCCAGGAGUACUUCUUUGACCGAAACCCAACAGCCUUCAGGGUUAUCCUCAACUUCCUUGCUGCAGGGAAACUGCGUUUGCUUCGAGAACUUUGUGCUGUGUCGCUGCACGAUGAGCUUGACUACUGGGGUGUGGACCCAGGCCAUAUGGAGCGUUGUUGCCGUCGCCGCAUGAUCACCCGUGUGGAGGAGGUGGCUGAGCGAGAGCGCAAGGAGGAGGAGUGGAGGCAGAAGAGGGUGAUGAUGAAGAAAAGCGCUACGGAGACUGAAAAGGGCAAUCACAAACUGACUUGGAUACUGCGAGAAGUGGUGGAAAACCCUCAGUCUGGCUUGGCUGGGAAAAUAUUCGCCUGCCUCUCAGUCGUCAUGGUGCUGGUCACUGUCAUCAGCCUGUGCAUCAGCACCAUGCCAGACCUCAGAGAUGAAGAGAUCAGGGGCGAGUGCUCCCAGAAGUGUCAGAGCAUGUUUGUGGUGGAGUCCAUCUGUGUGGCGUGGUUCACUUUGGAGUUUAUGCUUCGUUUCGUCAAUGCUCAGAGCAAGCUGGCCUUUGCUCGUGGCCCCCUCAACAUCAUCGACGCCAUCGCCAUCCUGCCCUAUUAUGUGUCCCUGGUCGUCGAUGUCAGAGAUCAGUCGCAGGAGGAUUUCAUCAUGGGUGCCGGCAGAGGCUAUCUGGACAAACUGAGUUUGAUCCUGCGCCUGCUGCGGGCCCUGCGGAUCCUGUACGUGAUGCGGCUGGCUCGCCACUCUCUGGGCCUGCAGACGUUAGGGUUGACCAUGCAGCGCAGCAUGAGGGAGUUCAGCCUGCUGCUGCUGUUUGUCUGCGUGGCUGUGACCCUCUUCUCACCUCUGGUCCAUCUAGCAGAGAGUGAGCUGGCGCCAUUUGCCGCCACAUACCCCCACCACAGCUUCAGCAGCAUCCCUGCCUCCUACUGGUGGGCCAUCAUCUCUAUGACCACGGUGGGAUACGGAGACAUGGUGCCGCGCAGCAUCCCCGGACAGAUAGUCGCGCUCACCAGCAUCCUGAGUGGCAUCCUCAUUAUGGCGUUCCCCGCCACGUCCAUCUUCCACACCUUCUCCCGCUCAUAUCAAGAGCUGAAGCAGGAGUAUGAGCGGCUGUGGAAGGAGGAGAGAGGCGAGGAAAUAGCCGCCGAGUCAGAGGAGAGUUGGUCCAAAGUCGAAUUGGCACCAGAUGAGCUCACGUCUGUGUCGAAGGAAGAUAAUGAUUGGGUGAUGUCAAGAAAGAGUCAUCAUUCCACACUUCCGUCAACAGCUUUCUAAUGGAGCAGGAAGAGAGCAGUCGGACUCUUUCAUUCAGUAGUUAUGUGUUUAAAAUGGUGACACUACUCUGUAAGCAUAUUUAGACUCUAAAGGACUGUUAUAUUGUGGACAGUGAAUUACACUUGUUGUUGUCUGUUCAUGUUCUGGAUUUAUUCUUUAAUACAUUGAGCUUUAAACAAUCUAUCUGGUUAUUAUCAGGUUAUAUUAAGCUUGUUUUUCAUAUCAGUAAAUACGUAACAUACAAACAAACCGUUACCCUCGUUUCUUGUGUAAGAAAAUAUAAACUAUAAUCUUACAUAAACUAUUGUGCACAUUUUCAAUAUUCAAAAAGAGGAUGUGUGUGUGUGUGUGUAUGUAUAUAUGUAUUUGUAUUUAUACUGAAGGUUAUAUAUAU